AUUUCCAAAAUGUUUAAAAUUUUAUUAAUUUGUGUAUUAAGUUUUGCAAUAUGUUCAGCUCAAAAUCCAACUCAAGUAGCUCAAAAUUAUUGUAAAACUGUUAAUUGUAAAUCGGAAACCUCAAUUGCUUGUCAAUAUAAAUCAAAUGCUAAUAUGAAAUGUAAAGGACAAUUACAAAAAUUGGAUAAUGAGGCUAUAGUUAAAUAUUUCAAUAGUAAACGUAAUGAUAUUGCAUUAGGCAAAGUAACAGGAUAUGAACCGGCCGUUAAUAUGCAAACAAUCAAAUGGAAUAAAGAAUUAGAACAAAUGGCCAAAUAUAAUGUUAUGACAUGUAAAUUUGAACAUGAUAAAUGCCGUAAUACAAAUAAUUUUAGACAAUCUGGUCAAAAUCUUUAUUAUAUGUGGAGUACAAAAUCAAAUGUAAAUAUUAGUAGUGUUGUGUUAAAUGGACUUAAAUCUUGGUUCGAUGAAUACAAACUGUGUGAUAUGUCUUAUAUUGAUAAUUAUCGGAAUUCACCUAAUAUGAUUGGACAUUUUACGGCUAUGGUCAAAGACAAUAAUAACUAUCUUGGAUGCGCUCUCAACAAAUAUCCAUCUGAUAAAGGAACCACAUAUUUACUUGCAUGUAAUUUUGCAUCUACUAAUGUAUUAAGUAGACCUAUAUAUUUAUCUGGACCAUCUGCUAGUAAAUGUCCAGGAGGUAAAAAUUCACAAUAUCCCGGAUUGUGUAAAUAAUUUAUCAGUGUUAAGAUUCAUUAUAUAGUAUUUUGGAAUUGCUCUUGCGUUAAUUUAGUGCAAGUAGUGCUCUGCAAAUUUGAGGCAAACUUUGGUAUCAAUAAAGGAAACUAUGUAAUUUUCAUUCUAUUACAAAUUAAAUUAGUCUUGUCUUAUUACAAAUUUUUUAAUAGAAAAUGUAUUGUCCUCAAUAUUAAUUUAAUUAUUGGGAACCCUUCAUAUUAAUUCAAUAAUUAUUGGGAAAACUUAAAGUAAACUUACAAAUAGUUUUCAAAUCCUGUCUUAAACUUACU